AUGGCUUUACCUGAUGAAAAGAGCGUUUCGGGCAAAGAUGAUAAUCAAGAAAAAGGCUCAAAUACACUAAACUUUCGAGAGAAAAGCAGCAUUCUUAAGCUUAUGGGCAGCUUUAGUUCAAGUUCAGCCGCUUCUUCAAGUGAAAAUGUACCCGGCACAGAUCAAGACCAGGUAAAGAUUAGCAAGACUUCGGACGGAGGUGAAAUGGUCAAGUUGAAUGUGUACGGACUGAGUGAAGUGAACAAGGUGAUCAACUACUUUGGACUGGGCAUCUACCAUUCGGGCGUUGAAGUGUACGGCAGCGAAUGGGCUUAUGGCGGCUAUCCAAAACCAAUUGCCAGUAUAUAUCGCAUGAGAAAGCCUCGUGAUUUGACAUCGCUUUCCGACAUUGAUGGGCGAUUUCAUUUUGUGCAAACAAUUGAAAUGGGCAAGACACAUUUCACUUUGAAAGAAGUGAAAAUGAUCCUGGACAAUCUCGGCAAGACUGACUGGAUAGGAACCAAUUACCAUCUUCUCUAUCGAAACUGCAACAGCUUCUCAACUGAGUUUUGCAAAAUUCUCUGCGGCAACACCAUCCCGCCUUGGAUCAAUCGCGUGGCAACUAUUUUCUCAAAGUUCCCCUAUCUUGUCAGCAUGUUGCCAGAAGAAUUUUUCACUCCGGUUGCGCUGCAGGAAAAACUUAGAGAGGAACAAGUGCAAAAGUACCAGUUGCUGAAAGCCUGCUCAAAAAUGGAGAACGAAAAGUCCACUGCAUCUUCUGCUUCAGUAGAGAUCAAAAGCAACCAAAUUGAUGAAGUGGAAAAAUCCAAAAGCAACAUCAGUAAAUCGGCACUGACAAUAAAGAGUACUACUUCAACUCUAGAAAAGUCAGAAAAAUCUAUGGAAAUGCCGUUGAAAAAGAGCCCGCAAGACUUUAAAGUGAACUCCCCCAACCUCUCAGAGAAAUUCAAGCCAAGUUCGCCUAGCCCUUCCCUUGGCAAAGUCAAUUCGGAAAAGGUGGAUGAGAAGAGCAGUAAAGGCAACAUUUAG